CUGCAGCUCGGGAGUCGAGCGCCAGCAACUCACUCACUCAUCCAAAUACUCAUUCAAACACUCACUCAGAUGUCCGGCCCUCAAGCUCCUGCGGAUUUCCACAGGCUUCAGGUACCGAGGAACCUUUGGGUGAUGCGCUGGGCCCACCCUUGUCUUUAGGGACUUUAGGGGUCACCCCUCAGGCUCCUGAGAGCAGGGAGCCCAUGCGGAGACUCCCCGCUGAUGGGAGACCGGACGUCAUCCGCAGUGCUUCCGCGCCCGCCAUCUUUCGGUUGGCGGCGGCCCAGUCAAGGGUUUCUGACAAACCAAACUGAACCCGGCCCGACAACGGAUUGACAGGUUCGUUCAUGUUUGUGCCGUUACACUCCUCUCGCUAUUAUUCCCUCUCCUUUCUGACUCUUCGGUUCACUGACUCUCUCCCAUUCUCACCUCCUUUGGCCCCCGUUUUUAUCCUCCCAAGAGAUAAGUCGUUGCAAGAAAACCCCCACGAUGGCGGAAAUCAGCGACACCGAGCUCCGCGAAAUCUACGACUUUGCCGUCCAAUUGGGUAAAGAGGCCGGCAACCUGCUCAUGACGGCGGCCAAGUCGAGAUGGGGAACCGGAGGGGGACAGCAGGCCUUCACAGAGAAGGACAACUCGGUCGACCUGGUGACCAAGACGGACACAGAGGUUGAAGCUUUCAUUCGCACAUCCGUCGCAAACAAGUACCCCAGCCACAACUUCCUCGGCGAAGAGACCUACUCGGCCGGCGCAUCCCGCGAAUACCUCGUCGACGACAGCCCGACGUGGAUCGUCGACCCUCUCGACGGCACCGUCAACUUCACCCACCUCUUCCCCAUGUUCUGCGUCUCUAUCGGCUUCGCCGUCAAAGGGAAGCCCGUCAUCGGCGUCAUCAAUGCGCCCUUCUUGAACCAGACCUUCUCCGCGUGCAAAGGCCACGGCGCCUGGAUGAACGAGACGCAGAGGCUGCCCCUCGUUCCAAGCCCGCUGCCGGCCAACGCGCCCAGCGGAUGUGUCUUCUCGUGCGAGUGGGGAAAGGAUCGCCGGGACACGCCGGACGGCAACAUGCACCGAAAGGUCGAGAGUUUCAUGAACAUGGCAGCCGAGCGCGGAGGGAGAGGCGGAAAGGGCGGCAUGGUGCACGGCAUGAGGAGCCUGGGAAGUGCGACUCUGGAUCUGGCGUACACAGCAAUGGGAUCGUUCGAUAUCUGGUGGGAAGGCGGGUGCUGGGAGUGGGACGUCGCCGCAGGAUUCGCCAUCCUCGAGGAGGCCGGAGGUCUGGUGACGGUAGCGAACCCGCCCGAAGACACGAGCAUCAUCCCAGAGGCGAAGCUGGGCGGCAGACUCUAUCUUGCCAUCCGGCCCGCAGCAGCAACCGAUACUGAGACAGCACGCCAGGCACAGGAGAGAGUCGUGCGGGAGACGUGGAAGCGAGUGAGAAACCUUGACUAUUCGAGGCCCGGAGUGUAGAUUCUAUAAACAGAGAGAGAGAAAGAGAAAGAGAGAAAGAGAGAGA